AUGGUGUCUUGGGUAGCGGCUAUUUCGUCACUGGCUUUAUUAUUCGGUAACAUGAUUUCAGGAUAUCUAAUGGAUAGAUUGGGUAGAAGAUCAUCUCAAAUGCUACUUUCAUUGUUUUAUAUUGGAGGAUGGCAAAUAAUAACAAUUGUGACUAAUAUACAUCUAAUUUUGGUUGGAAGGUUUAUAACUGGCGUUUGCCAGGGAUGA